AUGGCAUCGUUAGUACCAUCUGCGUGCCACUCCACAGCGCUGACACGUGGCCAGUCCACUGCCGCUCUACGCAUUGACAGCAGCACUACAGGCACGUGCUCGUCGCUCGCCGUGGCGACCACCAUGCCUGCACGCCCGCACGCACUCUCCUGUGUCUGCGCGUCCCCAUUCCUCCGCCGCUCCCCGUCUCUUGGCCACUCCAACGGCCAUAGUCCGUCGCACGGUGUGAGUCAUGUUGUCCCGCGCCGCUGGAGCUUCUCUUGCUCUGCUACUGCGCGCGAAGCGGGUGGCGAGGCGGAAGUUGGUGUCACGAGCAGCUCCGCUCUUCCUGCCUCGUCUCACGAGCAUCAUGAGCUCGCCGGCGUCAUCGCCGCCCGGCCAGCCGCGGGGCCGGCCACGGGCGUGGAGGAGACCAACGUGGGGCACGAAAGCACUCGAGCCGCGGCGCAGGUGGCGACAGCGUCGCUGUCGCAGGCUUUGCUGCGACGGUCGUCGCGGACUGUGGCGACUGUGAGCGCUGCGGCCGCCACAGCGGGACGUCCAGGGGCUCGCAUGACAGGGGCGCUGCGAGGCAAGGGAGGAGUGGUGGUGGCAGUUGUGCUGGCUGUGGCUGGCAUAGCUACACUGGUGAUGAGGGAGCACCAGCACCAGCAUGAGCACGAGCAUGAGGAGCACGGCAACGAGUGCGAGUUGUGUGGCGGGUAUGGGCUACACUGCUGCACGUUAUGCAAGGGCACUGGCUUGAUCCGCUGGGAGGGAAAGUUCGACCGCAAUGAUCCUUGUCCGGCCUGUCUAGGCGAAGGCUGUUCCAGGUGCCCAGAAUCUGGUCGCACAUCGUCGCACCGUCUUACUCCGUUCCUUCCCCACCGCUCCUUCCCGAGUCCGCUUUUCGCUCCGCUGCCCCCGUCUCGUACCCACGCUCUCCGCGCAUCCAAGGCGGGCAGCGACGCGCCUCUCAGCGACUCCACGGGCGGGGAGGGCCAGCAGCCGCGGAAGGGCGCAGAACGACCCUCGGGGGCGGAGUUUCCACCGGGCGCGCUCAACGGGGCGAGCAGGCCCGGCGGGGGCGGCGGCGGUGAUGCUGCGGCGACGUGGGGCGAUGGGCAGAAAAAAGACGUUUCCGGGGGAUGGAGCGAUCCGUCGGAUCUAGACCAAUCACGAUCGUCGGCGGGUAAUCCACCAGGCCUUCCCGAGUUCGCAGCGGGCUUCGUUCUGCUGCUGGGGCUCGGCGCGCUUGCCUUCGCCGGCUUGCACAAACGAGUGUCCUCUGCAGGCCGUACCAGUGCUCCCAAGCCGCCUGAAGCGGCGGUGGUCGGCACGCUGCUGCCGUCCUCCGCUCAACCUAGCCCGUCGGGCCAGGCACCAACCACCGCUGCGUCUGCUGCUACUGUUGCUGCUGCCGCUGGCCCCGCCUCUGCCCUGAAUGGUACUGAGGGUUCAGGCAGCGAGGGGGCGGGGGAGAAGGGCGCGGAGAGACAGGCGGGAGGAGAGGGAGAGUCGGACACGAAGGGGGCAGAGUCUGCGGAUGGGGCAGCAGGGGCGGGAGGGAUGGGGGAUGCGGCAGCGAGCAGGGGCGUUGACCCGUCUCUGAACGACCUGCUGCUGCCGUCUCAGAUCGUCGCUGCUGCCACUGUCGCCGCCGACACGCCCCCGCCCCUUCCUUUCCCCAUCACCCUGCCGCACCCCAGCACCACCACUGGCCCUACUGCUGCUGCUGCAGCUGCUUCCAGUGAGGCAGCGGGCAGGCAGCAGGGCGCGGAGAAGCAGGCCCCGCGUGGGGAGGCAGCAGAGCAGGCGGGAAGCAAGGCGCAGGGCCUGGAGCAGCUGCUGUCGGGGAACCAGGGGGAGGCGGGCGCGGCCCUGAGCGCGCUGGGAGUGGGCGGCGGGGCGGAGGAGGAGGGGGAGGACGUGGUGGGGCCGUUCGCGGCGGAGAUGGCGGAGUCAGUGUCGGAGCUGCGCCCAUGGCUGGAGGCCAUGCAGGCGGAGCAGGCGGGGGAGGGCGGAGAGGGGGGGAAAGCGGGGGAUAAGGGCGCGGAGGGACGGGGGGAGGGGGGAGGAGAAGCGGAGGCAGCGUCCCGAGAGAAAGCGGAUGGGGAAGGUAGGAAGGGUGAGGUAGUGGCGACAGCAGAGGACGGGACGGUGAGUGGAGUGCCGGCUGCUGCGAGUGCUGCUGAUUCCGACCCUGCUGCUGCUCGUGCGCCUGCUGCUGUGCUUCCCCCUCCUCCUUCUCCUGCGGCAGCAGCGACUGACAGCGGGAGCAGCAGUGCAGGUGGUUCCAGCCCCAUGCCAUGGGGCAUGGCGGUGUUUGUGCCUGCGCCGCUUAGCGCCGCGCCCCCUGCUGCAGGCGGGGCGGGCGAGGCGAGGGCGGGGCAGGUGGUGGUGCGCGCAGCCGUGGACAGCUCGCAGCAAACUGCGCUGGAGGCGCUGGAGGCGCUGGAGGUGAUAGAGGAGGGCGUGGACGCGGCGGGCAUCUGCUCGCGCAGGGAGUUCGCGCGCUGGCUCGUGCACGCCUCCAACACACUGUCGCGGGCGGCAUCGGAUCGCAUCUACCCCGCCAUGUAUGUGGACGGUGCCACCGCACUCGCCUUUGAUGAUGUGCCGGCCUCCGACCCCGACUUCCCCUACAUUCAGGGGCUAGCGGAGGCAGGGCUGAUCGCCAGCAAGCUCUCCCAUGCGGACCUUGGCUGCCCGCGUGCCGCUGCUGCUGCGCGCCGCAGGGGGUGCAGUGCUGACGCCAGUGCUGCCUUCCGCCCUGACUGUGCGUUGACUCGUCAGGACCUCAUUUCCUGGAAGCUCUCUCUGGACUACCACAACAUGAUGCCUCUGCAGCCCAAGGAGGGCGUGGUAGCAGCGGUGGGGUUCAUAGACGCGGAGAGGGUGGACGAGGAUGCCCUUCCUGCCAUCGCACAGGACGUGCUCAGAGGCGACAGGAGCAUCAUUGCUGCUGCCUUCGGCUUCACACGCCGCUUUGACCCGCACAAGCCAGUGACGCGCGGACAGGCAGCAGUGGCGCUGGCGGGGGGCGGGGUGAGCGAGGUGGUGGCGGGGGAGAUGGCACGCGUGGAGGCAGAGCACAUAGCCGAGGCCGCCAUGGCUGUGGUUCAGGAGGAGGCAGCAGCGGCGGCAGCGGCAGAGGCAGCGGUGCUGGCAGCAAAGGAAGAGGCAGUGGCGGUGGAGAGGAGGCGCCGGGAGGAGGCGGAGAGGGCGGCAGAGGCUGCUGUGGCGCGCGUGGAACGGAUUGAGACGGAGCUGCAGACAGAGAAGGAGGAGCUGGAGCAGCAGCGACAGGUGCUGGCAGGGAUGAGGGCGGAGGCACAGCGAGAGAGGGAGGAAGCGGAGGCAGCUGUGGAGCAGCAGAGGCAGGAGGUGGAGAGGCAGAUUAGCAAGGUAGAGCAGGAGCGGAGGACAGCAGAGCAAGCACUUGCUGAGGCGAGGGCUGCUGCUGCUGCUGCCGCUGAAGCAGCAGAGGAGCUGCGAGUGGAAAAGGAUCAACUGGAGGCAAAGAGGCAUGUGACAGAGGAGCAGGCACAGCUGGUGCAGGAUGCAGCGGAGGAGCUGCAAAGGGCUCGCCUGCAGCUGCAGCGCCGGUGGCAGCAACAGAACGACAUAAAGGGAGGGGAGGAUAAGAGCAGCUUGGAUGGUGCAGGCAUAGGAACAGAUGAUGGUGGUGCAGGAGAAGGGACUGGCGGCGGCAUAGCGGUGGAAGCAUCUGAGGAGGAGAAGCAGUUGCUUGAGCGAGUGGCAGGGAUUCUAGCCAGGAAGCAAGCAGCGGAGAGGGCGAACGGUGGGGGCUUUGGCAUUGGAUGGAGCCCUGAUGCUGCGGUAGUGAAGGCCAGGCAGCUGCUGCAGCAAGCAGUGGAGCGGGUGAAGGCUGCAGGGCAGGCCGUCCCCCGUGACCCCUCUGCACUAGCUCAACUGCUGCAGCAGCAGGCCACGUCCAGCCUUGAAGGCGCCAAGGCUGCUGUAGGGGUGGCCCUGCAGCGAGGCACAGCUGCUGGAGAAGCGUCAGAUGGAGGAGUGGUGAGCCAAAUGAGGGAGCUAGGAAAGCGGUUGAUAGGAAAAGCGGUUGAUGGUACUGGAAAGCGGUUGAUAGGAACGCAGAAGGCACAAGAGGAAGCAGUCACACGCACGGCUGAAUCACGACGCGGUGUUGAGGGGGACAAGCACGGUGAUGCAGGGAGUAGAGCAUCUGAGUUGGUGGAAGAAGCGAUGCACGUUGGAGGGAGGAUUGUGGAAGGGGUGAAGAAGGGAGCACAUAAAAGAAUGCACAAAGUUAAGGGGGUUGUGCAUCAGCUUAUGGAGGGGUGGUCCAAGAAAGGUGGUGCAACCCCUUAG